AUACAAAAUUUCUCAGGGGCUACUUGGACUGCCAGCAAUGGGCACCACAUCCAGGCCCACGGCGGAGGCUUUCUCAAAGUGGGAGCCACGUGGUACUGGCACGGCGAGGACAAGACCGAAGGCACAUGCUUCCAGAACAUCAACUGCUACAGCAGCAACGAUCUUGUUCAAUGGAAGUAUGAAGGCCCUGUUUUAAGUCGUCAGGGGUCUGGUGACUUGGGCCCCGGUCGUCUUGUGGAGCGUCCGAAGGUCAUCUACAACAAAUUGACUAAGAAAUAUGUUAUGUGGAUGCAUAUUGAGGACCAGGAGUACAAAGAUGCCAAAGUGGGUGUCGCCACCUGCGAUACCGUCACUGGUCGCUUUCAGUACAGAGGAAGCUUCCGACCUCUAGGCUUUGAGAGCCGCGACAUUGGUGUUUUUGUUGACGAUGAUGAUAAGGCUUACUUGAUGAGCGAAGAUCGCCCCAAUGGACUUCGUUUUUACGAGUUAUCCAACGACUAUCUCUCUGUCACCAAGAUGCUUCACCUAUUCCCAGAACAUCUGGAGAGCCCCGCCAUGAUCAAAAGGAAUGGCAUCUACUAUUUGCUUGCGUCUCAACUCACUGGCUGGGAACUCAAUGACAAUAUGUACACGACCGCAACAUCAUUGACUGGACCUUGGGAACCUUGGAAGCUCUUUGCUGAAUCGGGAACAGCCACCUACGGCUCACAGGUCACCUUUGUUCUGGAUUUAGGGUCGUCCGUGCUGUAUAUGGGAGACCGCUGGGAGUAUCCUCCACUGCCACGUAGCACAUACGUGUGGCUACCACUCAGCAUCAAUGAUCGGGCCGUCACG